UGGUGAUAAAUUCAACUCGUCAUGUGCCUCUACAUGCAACACUCAAACAACAGCAAUAGGAAGUUUAUGUCAGCAAAUGAAUGGAAAGUGUCUAUAUGGAUGUGUAGAUGGUUUCCACGGUUUACAGUGUUCUGAGAAAUGUUCUGUUUAUUGCAAAGAUACACUUUGUAAGCAAGACGACGGCAAAUGUACAAAAGGCUGCAUAAUAAAAGUAAAGAAUGACCACAUUUGCCCUCUGACAUCAGACUCAAGUUCCUCCGAGCAGUCAGUAAAUACAGCUGCUAUAUCACUUGGAACAAUUCUUGCUGUGUCAUUAGUUGUUAACAUCAUAUUUGUGGUUGCGUUGAUUCUCUGGAAAUAUCGGAAAAGGGUCAAUGAUACUUACAAGGCAAAAGGACCUGUUUAUGAAAACGCAGGCAUUGAAAUGGAAAGUGGAAAUUCAGGAAAUCCCGGCAGUGCCAGCAAGCAUGGAAUUGUACAAGCAUCAAACAGCGACCCUGUGUUAAAGUCACCUGACUAUGAGGAUCUUGGAAGAGUUCAAGUAUCUGAGCAUGAAUAUGGAGAAAUUCGUCCACAUACUUGAUACCAUUGAGUUACUUAUAACAGUAGGCACACACGAAGAUAAAUGAUCAUCAACAACAACGAACUGUUUUUAAAGAGUCAGACUGAGAACAGAGUAACAAUAUAAUUAAUAAACAAUAGACGACAUUAUAUCAAACACAAAGUCAUUCUUUAUUGUAAGGUUCUGAUUAUCUGUCUAAUAUUUUAUGUGUUAAACACUAUUGUAAAUACUUUCCUUAAAAGCAUUUAAAACAUUUGACUGCAUGUUGAUAUUUUGAUGUCCGCACAUUUGAAGGCAGAACAGUUCCAUAAAACGGAUGUCCAUAUUUACAUAUAGAAAAUUUGAAAUUGACAAAUACCUUAGUGAAACACCUACCAAAUAGUUUAUAUAUGUGAUCAAAUUCAGAACUAGAAAUCAUAAACUACCGAUUUAAACUGAAAAUUGGCAUGGGAUACCUUUAGAACAGAGAAAAUGCACUCUCUGCAAUCAAAACAUAGGCGACGAAUUGCAUUUUCUAUUAAAAUGCCCAAAUUUUAAUAAGGAUAGAAAAAAUAUAUCUCUGAAAUUUGUUAUUAUAUAAAUCCAAAUAUAAUAAAGUUUGAUGAAUUAAUGAACACUGACCCCUCUAAAUAUGUGAUAUAUAAAAAAUGUGCAUGUUUAUAAAAAAUAAUCUUAGAAAAAUAUUGAACUAAAUUAUAAACUUUGAUAAAUAUUUUUGAAUUCAUUCGUUUUAUUUGGUAUGAAUGUUAAACUUUCUCCUGUCCAUGUUAAAAGAAUAUUGUAAGAUGCGUGAGUUACAUACUGUUAACCUUGUAAACAUUUGUAAUUUGUUAUUUACCUCAUACUUACAUGUUUUGUGUAUGGAGUGAAUAAUAAAAUCUUGAAAAAUCUUAAAAUCAUAAUUUGAUACCUCAUUCAUUUUAUAUAACUUUUUUUGUACAACUGUGCAUGUGAUCUUUUUGUAAUAAGAUCAAAAUAUAUCAAGUUGAACUGUUAAUGUUUUUUAAGUCUGAUCUAUA